UCCAAGUGGCAGCAGACAAGGCUUCCAUUCCCCGGUCAGAAGAGGUUUGAAAGCAGAGCUUCAGAAUUCUGGUUGCAGUGCCACCAAAGGCACAUCGGCAUCCUGCCCAAGGGAAGCAGCUAGUCAGCUGUGACAUGUAGUGCACACUGUACCAGUGUCUUGUGCUGUGUCCCUGCUUAUGGAGACCAUGUCUCCUGAAUCAGAUGAGCCUUUACAUGUAGUUCCACCCUUGAAGAAGUGCGUCUGUCAGCUGUGCUCCUGUGGAUGUCACCGUUGUCCACACCUCCCCUCCAGGCCCUAUGACAAGACUGAGAAGCCAUGCAUGCUGUCAGAGUACAAGGAGCAAUACCCCCCUCAUCCCAUCACUGCUCCUGAAGACUCAUUUAAGCCAAAGGCAGUGUACAAGGUGGCAGACAUACACAUGGAAGGCAUCUCAACUACAAAGAGAGAUUACAUAGCUCAGAAAGCGUCGCCAUGGAAACAUUUAUCACCUCAAAAGCAUGUCAAGAGUGAUGAGACUAUGGAUUGCACCACCACUAUUAAACAAGAUUAUAACUCCUACCCUAUCUCUCAAGUACCUCCACGCUUACCCUGUGAGAUGAAACACAUCCCCAAUGUCAAGAUGAAUACAAGAACCACUUAUGAAGGUAUGUGCCCUUGCAGCUUCUUUCAGGACUUCACCAUAGCUUCAUUUCUGAAAAGGACAGAUUAAAACACAAUGUCGUUGUUACUUCUU